AUGGCGAACGAAGUAACACAUGCACCCAACAAAACAUGGGAAUUAAGCCUUUACGAGCUUCACAGAACCCCACAAGAAGCAAUUACGGAUAAUACUGAAAUCGCGGUGUCUCCUAGAAGUUUGCACAGUGAGCUAAUGUGUCCUAUUUGCCUUGAUAUGCUUAAAAACACAAUGACAACAAAAGAAUGUUUGCAUCGAUUUUGCCAAGAGUGCAUCAUAACAGCGCUAAGAAGUGGAAACAAAGAGUGUCCGACGUGCAGGAAAAAACUGGUGUCUAAAAGAUCUCUUCGUCCAGAUCCGAAUUUUGAUGCUCUCAUUUCUAAAAUCUACCCUAGCAGAGAUGAGUACGAGGCACACCAGGAAAGACUUAUGGCAAAGUUGAACAAGCAUCACAAUACUGCUGCCUUGUCUUCCAGCAUUGAAGAAGGUCUUCGCCUGCAAGCAUUAAACAGAGCUCAGCGCGUACGUAAACAACAGUCAGAGAGAAGAAAUGACGAGGAAUCAAACGAUGACAAUACUUCCGAAAUGCCAAUAAUGGCAGAUAAUGAGGAGAGCAUGACGGCAGACACAGUCGCUCACAAACCAGCAAAACAUUUCUCAGACGACUCUAGCACAGAAAACUCCACAGGCGAAGCGAGUAUGUCAGAGCAUCAGUCUCGGGGAAGUCCAGAGAUAGUGAUUCCACAGCUUGUCAAUGAAAUUGAGUUAAUUUUCAAGCCACAUCCGCAGAAUGCUGACCACGAUCCCGCAGGUCAGACCCGCUAUAUAAAAACUACAGCCAACGCAACAGUUGACCACCUUUCCAAGUACCUGGCCAUCAGACUGUCUGUGGAUGUCCAUGAUGGAGAUGAAGUGGAUGCUGCAGGUAACAGGCUGUUUGACAUCUUUGUCUCCUCCCACCCUGGCCACUAUGUGCUCCUGACUGGCCCCACAACACUAGAGCAGGUCAAAGAGAAGUACUGGAAGGCCAACAAACCAUUGGAGAUGUUCUAUUCCUUGAGGAAACAGGGCUCACAGCACCCAACAGUUACAAAACUACACACAGACAAAUAA